GGGGACCCUCCCUAACCAACAUCCAGUUCUGGUAGGUCCUUUUUCAUGUUUUCCCUUCGCUUGCUGCCCCGAUGGCAGCAUGUGGCGAGAUCAAGGUGCCGCAGCAGCUGUUCGAGACCGACCGGACGUGCCGGGCCAUGGGGCCAUGGGCUAGACCUCUCGAGGUAUCGGCCGACUGGUGUUGGCUUGAGGCUGGGAGCUGACCUGCGGCGGCUGUCGGACGUGGCGAAGCCGCGGAGUUCGGUACUAGCGCAGACCGCGGCCGGGCUGGGGGUCUUCUUGGGCUUUGAUGCUGCGGUACGCUGGCUCAUCGAUACGUCCGAGAUGAAGACACUACCUUCCCAGAUUUGUAGUAUGCUCAGCGCAUUUGGUGGGCUUUCCCUUGCCCAAGUGAUUGCUCCAAGCAGCACGACAAUGUUGCACCAGGCCUUGCUACCAGCGGUGGCUUGGGUUGGCCGGUGGUUGCCGGUGUUUCUCGUGCCGGUGCAAGUGAUGCUGCCCACAAUCAACUUUCCAGGUGGACUGGCGGAAGCCGGCGGACUGGCCAUUCUCUUAGGGGCUGGCUGGUUUGGCGCCGUCGUUCUUGGGGCCCGCCUGGUCGGCGUGCUCUCCCACCAAGCCAUCACAGCACCUGCUGCUGGCGGCCGAAGCGCCGUGAAGAUGGGUUUGUGGCUGCCCUUGGGUUGGCUGUUGCUGGCGGCCUUGGUGGCACCUGCUGGGGUGAAGCCCGAAGUGAUGGAAGCGCUGGUGGUCGGCGGCGGCGACGAAGAGAUGGCUCGAAGUCUACGGGGUUUGAGCUUGGCCUCGGUGGGGGUGGGCAGCUUCGCCCUGGCCAUGCGACAGGGCUUGCCUGGCCAUCUCUGCUUCUUGGCCAACGGAGCCGCCACCAUUGCCGUGGCCGCCGCCAUGGCCUUUGCGCGGAACGAGAGCUACAGCCAGGUGGUGAAGCGUGACUAUUUGGUUGGUGCCAAUGGACCGCCCGGUUCAGGGGACCGAUUACUGUGGUGUUUGGGACCUGCUUUGGUGGCCACUGGAGUGCAGAUGUUUCAAUAUCGUUCCACGGUGCGAGACACUGCCGUGCAUCGAGCAAAAGGCGCUCGCAUUGUGGCCCUCAGCAAGGUGCUGUUCCUCAGCUGUGCUGUGGUGUCACUGAGCAACAUCGUGGGAACGGUGGUCAUGGGUCCUCUUCUGGGCAUUUCGCCCGAAGUCACCCUGGCUGCGACCAUGAGGUGUGUGACGAUUCCGAUGGCCCUGCCCACCUACGCUCGACUCUGUGAAGAAAGUGGUGCUGAAAACAAUGUGGCUCUCGUUGCGCUGUGUGCAGGCCUUUCGGGCUUCAUCGGGUUUGGCUUCUCGCAACGUUUGCUGUCCUCCGCGGCGUGUCACGCGCAUCUGGAUCCGGUAGCCCGUGGCAUUGCCACAGGGGCGGCAGCGCACGCACUGGGCGCGGCCUGUCUUGUGGCGGCGGAGCCAGAGGCGUUCGUGUGGGGCAUGCUGGCCAUGGCCGUGUCAGGAGUUGACUUACUCCUUCGGUGGCAUCUUCUGCUUGGAUCUGCGCCUGCGCCCCGCUGCGGGAGACACUUCUGUCCUUGGCCUACCGAAGGGCCGAGCACGGCGGUUGACGCGCGGCUGACUGCGGAGGAGAGCGACGGAGAGACGGUCCGGUGGCGCCAUGUACAUAGAGCAUUUUUCCGAGCAAACAAUUCAGUGCGGGUCAAGCUGGGGAUGUGAGAUGUGAAGA